CUCUAAGCACAAUUUUCCAUUCACAUGUGCUGAUCUCAAGCUUUGUUACAGAUGUUCUAACAGGAUAAUACUUUUUUUUUUCUUUUCUGGAAGAGAGAGAACGAGAGAAGCAGAAUGCUUGUAAUACCGGUGCUUAUGGGUCUGUGCCUGCUUGUGCGUGUCUCAAACUGUGGUCUUGCUGAGGGGUGCAGGCAUUGGGACAAGCGUGGAGACAGGGUCUGCUGUUUGGCAUGCUAUCCAGGAUACCAUAUUGUGUCGCAGUGUGGCUCUGACCCUAGAGCCCUGUGCACUCCCUGCAGACCAAAUACAUUCACCACCUCCACCAGCGCGCAGAGGUGUGACCGCUGUACCCAGUGCAUAGACCCCCAGGUGACGCUGGCGGAAUGCACCAAGUCCAAAGACACAGUGUGUGGCUGUAAAAAAGGCUUCUUAUGUGGAAAUCAGCAGUGCUCCUUCUGUAUAGAGGAGUGUGGAAAAGGACAACAACCAACUGAUGACCGUUCAUGUGUGCCGUGUCCAUCUGGAACCUACAAUGACCAGAUUCAUCAGAAGUGUAAACCAUGGACAGGGUGUUCAUCCAACCAAAUCAUGGUGACAAAAGGAAAUGCAUCCAGUGACAAUGAAUGUGAGAAUAUUUCAGUCAUGCCAGUGGCCAAAGUGCCAGCGCCAAAAGAUUCUCACAGACCUGAAUCCGCAGGAAAUCUGUCUAUAAUACUAUGCACAAUCUUUGGUGUGGCAGUUCCUAGCUUUCUCAUUGUUGUAAUCAUCAUGGCAUUAGCCCAAGUCAAGUACAAGAAGCCAGCGCAACCAGAGAAGCCAGAGAAAGCGGUCACAAAAUCCACUAUAAUCAGAACCCCAACAGAUGACCCAAUGACUUUAAUUGCUAUUGAAUGCAGUUUUCACGAAGCCGAGCAGGAACGGGGAAGCAGUGCUGAGUCACUUCUUCCUUGAAAAAGAUCUACUGUUUUGGGGGUUACAAGGAUAAGAAACAAAACUUCCUUGAUCAGAUUAGAUUAUUUUUGUGUAAGUGUAGCUCAGAGGAUUGUUUUUGUUUUAUAGUGAAUAACUACACCUCUCCUCCACUUUCUUUAUCUCAGUGUUGACUAACCAGGUCAGGUCAGGUGGGCUGGGAGCUGAAUGAAGCAUUUAUACUGAUGAUAAGAGGAGGGGAAUGCCACUCUCUCUGUCAAACUGGAGCUAAGGGAGGUUGCUGAUACUAUGUGACUAAUUAUACUGUGACUGACAAUAAAUAGACAGUAUGACCUCAGAUGGCUUAGACGUGAUGCUGAAAGUGGGAGUACAGUACAGAGCUUAAGAGGUUUCACUCAAGCCCACGCAACAUCAACCAAAAUAUAUUUUCAACAAUUUGUAACCCUAUGCAAAGCAUAGUCCAGAGUAGGGACAUUCCUAUAUGGUAAUUUGUUAUGUGCAUGUAAAUGAUUACUCAUCUUAUUAUAGAAACUGUUACACUGUGUGUAUUAGGACAGGAUUGAACUUAAGCAGCUAUCCCAGCAUUCCUCAUGAGUCAUUUACUGAUUCCUUGCAUCAGGGACAAGUCUCAAUGGAAUCAUUAUAAAACACAAUUGACAUUAUAAGGCUCAGUGUUUGUUUUUAUGUGAAUGGAACUCUGACACAGACAGCCCACACUGGGUUUACCAAAAUGUGUCACCAAGACUGAGUCACCUGUAACGAGGUAACUUAAGAUCUUCACUUUGACAUUUACUGUGAAUUAAGAAAUUUCAAUCAAAGGUUACACACUGGACUUUUUACAUCCAUGUUUUACAGUUAGAUACUUUUAAUGUUUUCAUUAUUUUUUGCAUAAGCAAUUGUUAUGAUAAUAGUAGUUCUCCAUUAGGUGGUCAUGGUAACAUAUUUUGUGUAUUUGUACUAAUAUAUUGUUUUACUUCAUACUAUUUGUAUUACAACAAUAAAUUUUAUUUUUAUACUGUUUCUAUACAUAGGGACCAUGUGUGAUGUGUGAGUGGCAGUGUGGCAAACCCUUGGGAUCAUUGUUGAUCCUUGUUGAAAACAUCAAAACCAUGAAUAAGCACAAAUAUGGAACAUAGUAAACACAAUAUAAACUCAAA